AUGAAGCGCCAUGUCUUUGGUCGAGUGUCGAGGAGAGUCCCCUUCUCCCUCGUUCAACGACGCUGUGACCUUGUCAGGCUGAAGCAUACCGACUCGAGGCAACGAAUUACAGACUUCUGGAUACCGACGGUGAAUGUGCAAAAGCAAGAUGCUAUUUCCGAUGCGACCCAGCUCCUCAUCCGAGCGGGCUACCUACGACAAGCGUACGCCGGCAUAUUUCAGAUGCUGCCACUAGGCCUUCGUGUCCAAGACAAAUUAGAGCGACUUAUAGACAAGCAUAUGAGAUCUAUUCAAGCUUCUAAAGUCUCCUUGUCUUCGGUAUCCUCCCUGGCGUUGUGGCAACGAUCGGGACGUUGGAAACCAGGGGCAGAGUUCUUCACGUUCAAGGAUCGAAAAGAUACGGAAUGGCUCCUAGCACCGACGCACGAAGAAGAAAUAACCACUUUACUCGCCGAUCUGGUCCAGACUUCUCAGCAACUUCCUGUACGUUUAUAUCAGAUCACUCGAAAGUAUCGCGACGAGAAAAGGCCGCGAGGCGGGCUCCUCCGGGGGCGUGAAUUUGUCAUGAAAGACCUGUACACGUUCGAUACAACGCUGAAAGAAGCACACGCAACGUAUGACGACAUCCGAGGUGCAUAUCGCAACUUCCUGGACGAGCUCACAGUGAGCUACAUUGAAGCGAGAGCCGAGUCCGGCAAUAUGGGAGGAAAUCUCAGUCACGAAUACCACUUCCCAAACGCUGCAGGAGAGGAUAUCGUAAUAACCUGCUCAGACUGCAACUAUGCCCGCAAUGAAGAGUUCGUCUCGCAGAAGGCAUACCGUCCUCAGGUCAUCGAUAAUGUCACGGUGUCCAAGUCAUCAACCGCCGGCAAUUUCGGGCAGUUUAUUCAGGAAGACUUCGUCAGCAAGGAUGGGCGUAGUCUUGUCCGCGCCAUCGCACCGAGACAGGCUGAUCAAGACGCAACGGAUGCUACCCGGUCCCAUGCUCUCAACUCGUACGCCAUCAAAGCGGCUCUUGAUGGCGUGCUGGAGAUCGAUUCUGGAUUGGAGCAUCCUUUGACCUACUUUGAAGGACUGCUAACCACAAGCACACAUGGCGACAGCACCAAGGGCUCAUCUAUCUUCUACCUCCUCGACUCACAAGUGGAGCCUAGAUCAAUCCAUGACCUCGUCGCACAUGAUAUGGAUCAUUUCGCUUCGAAAGAUGUGAAGUUCUAUAUCAUCAGCGCUUCAAAAGAUGGCACCAAUGGUAUCAGUCUGCUAAAGCAGAGACCUGGUGACCCUUGUCCGGAGUGUUCGAACGGCAAGCUUCAAUUGCACAAGGCCAUUGAGAUCGGCCACACCUUCCACCUAGGGACCCGAUACAGCUCCAAGCUCGGACUUUGCACGAGAAGCCCAGAUGGCAAGACGACAGUCCCGGUCGAAAUGGGCUGUCAUGGUAUUGGAGUGACCAGGCUCAUCGCGGCCGUUGCGUCAUGUCUUGCGGAUGAGCGCGGGCUCAAUUGGCCAAGAGUGAUUGCGCCGUUCGAAGUUGUCAUUCUCGUCGCUAAGCCUGAGCCGAACCGGCUGCAGGCAGCCGAGCAGAUCUACGACCAACUGUCCACCUCUGAACUCGGUGUGGCAGAUGUCCUCCUCGAUGACCGCCAGGAGCAGGGUCUAGGAUGGAAGCUGAAGGAUGCGGAUAUGAUCGGCUAUCCCGUGCUUGUAGUCUUGGGCAAGGGAUUCGAUCGAGGCAUGGCCGAGGUGCAGUGUCGCCGGCUGAAUAUCAAGCAGGAUGUCGAGAUUGACCGUGUCGUGGCAUUCGUGCAUGGACUGCUCAAGCAGCUCUGA